GAGUUUUUCUGAUUGAAACUUUUGAAGAGCUCCUAUUUAGGUCAUGACAAGCCCUUUUUGAAGACGCGCCACAUAUUUGCAGCAUAGACACCAAUGUUGUGAUUGAUAUUCUACACACCUUAUUCUUAUCUAAUCUAAGCUGAUACAAGGUCAGGAGCACAGUGUCAGUCUAGCAUAUGAACAUGUCAGAGUCUGGUAAAUUGAAGAUAGCUAUAAUCGGGCAGAGUGUGUUCGGCGCAGAGGUUUAUCAGCUACUGAAGAAGAAUGGCCAUACAAUUGUUGGAGUCUUUACAGUUCCAGACAAAAACAAUCGCGCUGACCCAUUAGCUACUGCUGCCGAAGCUGAUGGUGUAAAAGUAUUCAAAUAUCCAAGAUGGAGGAUCAAGGGCCAGGCCAUUCCAGAAAUCUUAGAAGAAUACAAAUCUGUGGGGGCUGAAUUGAAUGUCUUGCCAUUCUGUACUCAGUUUAUUCCAAUGGAAGUUAUUGAAUUCCCAAAACAUAAAACAAUCAUCUACCACCCCUCCAUACUACCUAGGCAUCGAGGGGCUUCAGCUAUAAACUGGACCUUGAUGCAAGGAGACAAAGAAGGAGGCUUCACAAUAUUCUGGGCAGACGAUGGGCUUGAUACAGGACCCAUUCUCCUUAUAAGGAAAACUGAUGUUGAUCCAAAUGAUACUCUUAACUCUCUCUAUAGAAACUUUCUCUUCCCAGAAGGUGUUAAAGCAAUGGGCGAGGCUGUUGAAAUGAUUGUCGCUGGCACAGCACCACGGAUAGUUCAACCUGAGGAAGGUGCAACAUAUGACCCAAUGAUCAAGAAAGAUAAAGUCCAAAUCAACUGGGACUCAAGUGCUCAAGACAUCCAUAACUUUAUUAGAGGCAAUGACAAACAACCAGGUGCUUGGACCAAUAUUGAUGGCAAGCAAACAACACUGUAUGGUUCUAAGCUGUGGACAGCUGAGAGACCAGAGGGAACUGAAGUGCAGAUAGAUGGCAGCACUAAUGCUGCACUCGUACACAGUGGAGGCAUGCUGUUCUAUGGCAAUGAUGGCAAUGCUGUAAAUAUAGACCAACUUAAGUUAGAUAAUGGCAAAACUAUACCUGCCUCCAAAUUUGGUCAAACUGAUGAGGCUCAAGAAGCUCUAGUCUAUACAAAUGUUGAAAAGGAAUACAUUGCAAAGCUGAAUGAUGCAUGGGCAGGUAUUCUCAGCAAGCAGGUGACGGAUGAUACUGACUUUUUCAAGGCUGGGGCUGGGUCAAUGGACAUUGUUCGCCUGCUAGAAGAAGCUAAAACUAGGUGUGAUAUUACCAUGACUACAGAAGAUGUUUUCAUGAAUACUACAUUUGGAGAAUUCAGCCGUGCAGCUAUACUAUGCAGUAGAGGCCUUGGAGGCAAGAAGGAAUUCACAUAUGAUGCGAUCAAAAUGAAUGUUAACAACAUGGACAUUACAUUCCCGCACCAGCUGUUCAUAAACAAUGAGUUUGUACCCAGUAUUAGUGGAGACACAUUUGAAACAAUCAACCCAGCUGACGAAUCUGUGAUAUGUAAAGUGAGCAAGGGAAAUGCUGAUGAUGUUGCCAAGGCAGUGAAAGCUGCUAUUGCUGGUGAAGAGGUUUGGAGCAAGAUGAACGCAAGAGACAGGGGUGCCAUUAUGUACAAAUUGGCAGACCUAAUGGAUGCUCAUCGUGAAGAGUUGGCUACGCUGGAGUCUAUUGACAGUGGCGCAGUGUACACAUUAGCCCUAAAGACACAUAUAGGCAUGUCCAUAGACACAUUUAGGUACUUUGCUGGAUGGUGUGACAAAAUCCAGGGCUCAACUAUUCCAAUUAACAAUGCAAGGCCCAACAGGAAUCUGUCGUACACCAAGAAAGAACCUAUUGGUGUAUGUGGUAUAAUCACCCCAUGGAACUACCCUCUCAUGAUGUUAGCAUGGAAGAUGGCUGCCUGUCUUGCUGCAGGGAAUACAGUUGUUCUGAAACCAGCACAGGUGACACCUCUGACAUCUCUCAAGUUUGCAGAGCUAGCAGCAAGAGCUGGUUUCCCUCCAGGGGUCAUCAAUAUCAUACCUGGGUCAGGUCGUGUUGUUGGAACUGCCAUAGUGAACCACCCAGCAGUGAGGAAGGUGGGAUUUACAGGCUCAACUGAAGUUGGCAAACAGAUCAUGGAAGGUGCUGCUAAAAGUAAUGCUAAGAAGGUGUCUCUGGAACUAGGGGGCAAGUCACCGCUCAUCAUCUUCAGUGACUGUGACUUGGAUAAGGCAGUCAGGAUGGGUUGUGGAGGGGUCUUCUUCAACAAGGGAGAGAACUGUAUAGCAGCUGGUAGACUGUUUGUAGAAGAAUCGAUACAUGAUGAAUUUGUCAAACGAGUGAUUGAAGAGGUUGGGAAAAUGAAGAUAGGAGAUCCAUUUGAUAGAUCUACAGACCAUGGACCACAGAACCAUAGGGCCCACCUUCAGUCAUUGUUAGACUUCUGUAAAGCUGGUGUGGAUGGUGGAGCCAAGCUGGUUCUAGGGGGCAAGCAGCCUGAUCGCACAGGUCUUUUCUUUGAACCUACAAUUUUCACUGAUGUGAAAGAUGACAUGUGGAUUGCAAAGGAGGAAUCAUUUGGACCAGUCAUGAUCAUCUCUAAGUUCAAAGAUGGGGACAUUGAUGGUGUAUUAGAGCGUGCCAAUGCCACAGAGUAUGGUCUUGCAUCCGGUGUUUUUACCAAAGACCUCUCUAAAGCUCUGUAUGUAUCAGAUCAGAUACAUGCUGGCACAGUCUUUGUCAACACAUAUAAUAAAACAGAUGUUGCUGCCCCAUUUGGCGGAUUCAAGCAGUCAGGAUUUGGCAAAGACUUAGGACAAGAUGCUUUGAAUGAGUACCUGAGAACAAAGUGUGUCACCAUCGAGUACUAAAUCAGAAGUUCAACAAAAAGGCUUUAUGGAUGUGUUUCUCAAACCACUUCUUAGUCUCAUGGAACAUUAUACAGCAUUUUAAAUGAAAGCUAAUGUGCUUCUUGAUGCAACUCUCCACAACUGAGCACGGCCCUUUAUACUGUACAUGUGAUUCCACUAUGGUGUACGUACUAUAUAAUGUCCACCUUGUAGAUUUAUAUAUCAAAAAGUCAAUAAGCCAUAAAAACUAUUCACUGUAAACCCUGUAGAUGUAGGUCACAUGAAUCAGUAUGGUGUACCUAGUAUAUACUGUAAACCCUGUAGAUGUAGGUCACAUGAAUCAGUAUGGUGUACCUAGUAUACUGUA